AUGGGAUCAAAAACAACCAAAGAACAUAAAGCCUCAUCACCUUUGAGCAGCUGGGGAGGGUCACUGGACGAUCUCAUCUGUGGAGAGGGAAAGAUCUGUUCAGAAAGAUGGACCCCGGUCAAUAGCAGGGAUGCAUCUCCUAUUGUCCACAUUCGCAGAGAAAGCAGAAGCGCUCCAUCUAUUAGAAGAUAUAGCACAAAAUACGACGAUUAUGACCUGGACAUCAUCAAACAUCAGCCCCUGCCCAUGGAUUCCUACAGCUUCAGGACGGCGAUGGAACCACUAAGUUUUGAGCCAUCACAUGCUAAUGAUCGACGCGCUUACUUGCCGCACCUGUCGGACGAGACGCAUCGCUCAGGUGGUUAUCCUGCUACACCCAUCCAGAUUUUUAUCGACACUCGGAAUGUAGCCGAUAUUGGUAAGCUGUUAAAAUAA